AUGUACCAUGGCACAACAAGGGCAUGUGCUCGAUCGAUCUUGGCUUCAGGUUUUUGCCAGUCUCCGGACGGGAUGCUCGGUCGGGGUGUAUACCUUACCAGAGACCUGAAGAAAGCGAGUCGCUAUCCCAUCGAUCACCCAGAUUACGACAAGAUUGUCAUUAAGGUUAAGGUCAGAGUGGGAAAGGUUAAAAUCAUCGAUCAUCAGGAUCACCCACUUCGAAAGUGCUGGUACUACCAUGGAUAUGACACCGCCUGGGUGCCACCCUACUGUGGGAUGGUACAAAGCGGCCAGGAGGAAGAUUGUGUCUGGGAUCCGAAUCGAAUCAAAAUCAUUAGCACCAUCAAAAAUCUUCCUUCUGGGGUAGUUCGAGUGGAAGGACCAGGACCAGAAGAUGAUAAAAUCUAUGUCAUGUACCACGGCACUACCAGUGCGAACGCUCGAUCGAUCUUGGCUUCAGGUUUUCGUCGGUCUUCAGGCGGGAUGCUCGGUCGGGGCGUUUACCUCAGCAGAGACCUGGAGAAAGCGAGUCGCUAUCCCAUCGAUCACCCUGAGGAUGACAGGGUUGUCAUUAAGGUUAGGGUCAACGUGGGAAAGGUGAAGGCCAUCAAUCGUCAGAACCACCCACUUCAGAAGACCUGGCAUGACCACGGAUACGACACCGCCUGGGUGCCGCCCAACUGUGGGAUGGUGAAGAGCGGCCUGGAGGAGAAUUGUGUCUGGGAUCCCGAGCGAAUCACAAUCAUUGACACCAUCAAACCAAAACCUACAGCAAUUCUGAUAGUGAAGGCGGUUGUGAUGGUUCUGGCCGUGGUGGUGCUGGUCGUGGUGGUGCUGGCCGUGGUGGUCGUGCUGGCCGUGGUGGUGCUGGCCGUGGUCGUGGUGGUCGUGGUCGUGCUGGUCAUAAAGACUGAGCUUGGUGAGGUCCUCACUGAUGUAGACGCCCAGGUACCUAAAGCUGCUCACCCUCUGCACUUCAAGGCCCCGGAUAAACAGCAGCUGUGGGCUGAAGAUGACUUUUUGCCUCCAGGCGUGGUUCGAAUGGACCGUGAAGGACCAAGAGAUGGUAGAACCUACGUCAUGUACCACGGCACUACCAGUAAUAGUGCUCGAUUGAUCUUGGCUUCAGGUUUUCGCCAGUCUUCAGUUGGGAUGCUCGGUCCAGGGGUCUACCUCAGCAGAGACCUGGAGAAAGCGAGUCGCUAUCCCAUCGAUCAUCCUGAGGAUGACAGGGUUGUCAUUAAGGUUAAGGUCAACGUGGGAAAGGUUAAAGCCAUAGAUCGUCAGAACCACCCACUUCAGAAGACCUGGCAUAACCACGGAUACGACACCGCCUGGGUGCCGCCCGGCUGUGGGAUGGUGAAGAGCGGCCUGGAGGAGAAUUGUGUCUGGGACCCGAAUCGAAUCUCAAUCAUCGGCACCAUUGAACCAAAACCUGUCCAGCGCGCUGGAGGCAGCGCAUGGGGUUACAAAGACAAUCACACCAACAUCCGAAUCAGAAAAAUGUACUUCCAGUGGGCUGAAGAUGACUUCCUGCCUCCAGGAGUGAUACGAGUGGAUUGUGAAGGGCCAAGAGACGGUACAACCUACGUCAUGUACCACGGCACCACCAGCGCGAGAGCUAAAAGUAUCCUGAUGACAGGUUUUCACCAGUCUCCGGACGGGAUGCUCGGUCCGGGGGUCUACCUCAGCAGAGACCUGGAGAAAGCGAGCCGCUAUCCCAUUGGUCACCCUGAGUAUGACAGAGUUGUCAUUAAAGUUAUUGUCAACGUGGGAAAGGUGAUCGUCAUCAACUAUCAGAACCACCCACUUAAGAAGACCUGGCAGUACAACGGCUACAACACCGCCUGGGUGCCGCCCGGCUGCGGGAUGGUGAAGAGCGGCCUGGAGGAGAAUUGUGUCUGGGACACGAGUCGAAUCUUAAUCAUCGGCACCAUCGAACCAAAACCUGUCCAGGGCGCAUGGGGCAGCGCGUGGGGCAGCGCGUGGGGCUAUAGGUGAACUCAGGAGCAGGUUCUGAUUAUUUUGUACGUUCAAAUGUAUUUUUAUAUAUUUGGAUAAAAUAAACGUGUUCUUCUGUAACCGUGUCGCUGUAACCUGAAGAACAAACGUGUCAUUAAA